CUUUUCUUUUUGUCUUUCCAGCUAUGCCUGUGUACUAUGAUAAUUUCCAAAACAACCCGGACCAUAGCAAUGAUGCAAAGGACUAUUUCCAGUACUACAGACCGGAUGAUUUUGGCAACCCCCAAAGCAUGCAAGGUAACCCAACUUAUGAUGCAGAUGGGAUAGGUGUCAAUACUAGAAGUUAUGACCAAACGGAAGACCAAGUUUCUGCGGCCAUAGAGCCGCAAGACGAACCGACCAAUGAGGAAGACCAGGUCACUGCAGCCACAGAGCCGCAAGAAGAACCGACCAAUGAUGAAGACCAGGUCUUUGCAGCCACAGAGCCGCAGGAAGACCUGACCAAUGAGGAAGACCAGGUCUUUGCAGCCACAGAGCACCAGGAAGACCUGACCAAUGAUGAAGACCAGGUCUUUGCAGCCACAGAGCCGGAUAAAGACCUGACCAAUGAUGAAGACCAGGUCUUUGCAGCCACAGAGCACCAGGAAUACCUGAUCAAGGGACCAUUCCAAGUCGCCGCAGCCACAAAGCAGCAGGAAGAACUGACUGAUGAGGAACUGCGAGAGCUUGAAGUCCAAAAUCUCUUUAACGUGAAAGAGAACAAAAUAAUAGACAUUAUUAUAGGCGUUGGAGCAGCUGUCUUAAUGCUGCUUAUUCUUUUGGGUUUGGGUGGCCGACAAAUAUACUUAAAACUUAAGAAGAGACGGUUGAAAUCCAAAUGGAAGGAAGCCAAACGAAAGAAAGGCAAACGGAGGGUACCAGAGGUAACAGUUGAGGAAGGCCUCCCAAAUGAUACUGAUGCCACCCCUCCGCAGAACACACCUCAGGAGUCUCUGCCAACUACUUCUGAAAGAAGAAACGAUAAACAAAAGAGAGGCAAACAGAAGGUACCAGAGGUACCAGUUGAGUCUCCACCAACUACUUCUACGAGAAAAGAGGUCACCUUCGACCUUCCAUUGCAAAGAAGUCCAAGUCCACCCUCUUCGUUAACAGGAUUAUCUAUAGUGCCAUCAGUUGAGUCUGGGAACACAUCACAGUCUGCUGCUAAAGUCCCAUUGGUGGAAUUUCCCAUCGAUCCAUCCAAUGCUGUGACUUCAACUACCAUUUACUAUGGGCAGUCAAGUGCAGCCUCAUCUAUCACUUUUCAGUUUAUUUCGAAAAUUGACAAGGUGUCAUUCACAAGAACGUACCUACUUAUACACCCUGUGGGGGGACAAUGA